GUGCGCGGUGCAGCGCGACCAUCGCGGCCUGGCGAGCGGGGCACGGCGGUCGUGGCGCUCUUGGGUGGCGCUCGAGGCGCGGGGCGCGAGGCCAGACCUGGCGCGGCGGGGUGUGGGGGGCGGGCAUCGGCGGAGCCCCCAGAGGAGAGCGGGGACAGGCAGGGGGGUGCCGAGGCAAGUGAGACUCUGGAGCUGAGGGAGCAUCAUGGCAGUGUUUCUGGAGGCCAAGAAUGCCCAUUCUGUUCUGAAACGCUUCCCGCGGGCCAAUGAAUUCCUGGAGGAGCUGCGCCAGGGCACCAUCGAGCGCGAGUGCAUGGAGGAGAUCUGCAGCUACGAGGAGGUCAAGGAGGUGUUUGAGAACAAGGAGAAAACGAUGGAAUUCUGGAAGGGGUACCCGAAUGCAGUCUACUCUGUCCGAGACCCUUCACAGAGCUCUGACGCCAUGUACGUGGUCGUGCCUCUUCUGGGGGUAGCGCUGCUGAUUGUCAUCGCCUUGUUUAUCAUCUGGAGGUGCCAGCUACAGAAAGCAACCCGUCACCACCCCUCCUAUGCUCAGAACCGGUACCUAGCCAGUCGCGCCGGGCAUAGCCUGCCCCGGGUCAUGGUGUACCGGGGCACUGUGCACAGCCAGGGGGAGUCCUCUGGGCACCGGGAGGUGGGGAGCACUCCGCAGGUGAUGCUGGGGCCCAACCGGGGGAGCAGAGCCACAGUCCGGCUGGAGAGCACCCUCUACCUCCCAGAGCUCUCUCUCACCAGAUUGUCUAGUGCCACCCCUCCACCGUCCUAUGAGGAGGUGACUGCACCCCAGGAAGGAAGCAGUGAGGAAGCCAGUGUCUCAUACAGUGACCCGCCCCCGAAGUACGAGGAGAUAGUGGCCGCCAGCCCUGGCGCAGACAAGUAGUGAGGCCCAUGUCCCGGCCUGGAUGGAAGCCUCUUUCAGAGGUUUCCUGUUCGCUUUGGAACUUUGGAAAGACUUUGUUUGCCACCACAAAACAGCCUUAGCCUCCUUGUUGCCAAAUAAUUCCCUAACCGUGGAUUUUUAGGAAGCCAAUUGUCAGAGACAGGUAGGGUGGGCAGGGGUACAGAAUGUGCAUGACUCAAGCCCCCUGAGAAGAGCUACCGACUCUUCUGGAAGCCCCCCACACCCCCUGUCCUGUCCUCCCAUCUGGGACGGCUUCUCUUAUGCCAAAGGAAUCACCCCGUUGUGUUGACUGUGGCCAGAAUGUCCCCAGGCUCGGCUACCUGGGCCUUGGGGUGGUGGCCUGUCUAUGCCUGGGCGUUAGGCCACAGAGGAGAGGGAGAGAAGCCAGCUCUGCAGCACCCCUUCUCCUCCGCAGUUCUGUGCUCCCUGUCCUCCUCAUGCGAGGACAGGGCCGAGGAUUGUGCAACAGACAAACCAAGUAAUAACAAAGAACAAGUAGUGAACACCGUAGAACCAAAGAGCAGCCACUGGGCCAUGGCGUGUUGGAAACUGAAGGAAAUCAGUUGCACAGUUCUGUGACAGGCUUCUCCCCUGACACCCACCCCUCACUCCUGACCAGGCCUGCGGCAACCCGGCUGGAACACAGGGUGCGUGAAGGGUUCGGGGCAGUGCGCUGGGUGGCAGAGUUUCUUCCUUUAUAGUCACCAAGGGGCCCACGUGAACUCUGCCAUCCUGUUUUUGGUGAGCUUGGCCCCCCUAGAUCUGUGUACCUGCUGUGCUAGAACCAGCGGCAGGAGCCCACUUUCCCCGGAGCACUUCGUCCUGGGGAAAACCGAGCGCUGCCUGGAGCCUGAGGCCUCUGAGUAGUCAAGGGCGUAGGCUAGAACAGAGUGAAACUUUCCUCCUUGUGUGGUUUCUCCAUCCAGAGGCUGGUUAAAUCCCUGAGCUUGGCCUCCUCGGCCCUGAGCUCUCUGGCUUUGAACUUUUAGGAUACUUCCCUUUUUGUGCAUGGGUGUGUGGAACUUGAACUUCAGGUGGAUAAUUUCCCCUUGACGUUGGUGCCCCAGUGGGGAGAGGAGCCUAAAACGUCUCUUUAAAACUCUCUUUGUGGAGGAGCCAUGACCCGGGGUUGAAGGUCUAUCCAGGUUUUGCUCUGGCAUAGCCAGGUGCUGGUCCGAUUUUAGUGAGGCUUGGGACAGCAGUUAGACAGAGGUGACGUGCUCUGUAACUGUCAUCAACUGCAUGAAAGAUGUUGACGAUACCACCUCUCGCCUCCCCCAUCUCUGUCCUCCUGGCCUGUGGUGCUUUAAAAAAUGUAGCAACCUUCUGUGGGGCCCAAAACAGUGCACAGUGAGGGUCUCUUGGCAGCCACAGCAAUUUCAAACCCACUGAGUCUGCACGCUUCCUGUCUGAAUGGCUCUCGGAGGCAGGCGAGGGCUCAUUCCUAGAAUGCAGCCCUGCCUGAGGCCACAGAUAACUUUUGGAGGCCCCUAGGGACCUGGGGACUGUCCCCAGCCUGUGUUUCCAGUCAAGAGGUUUGUUUCCUAUCCCACUUGGAUAACUGGACCCCGCCACGAGGGUUUCCAUCCUUCCCCCUACCUCACAGGCCCAUCGGAGGCUGACUGGGCUAUUGCUCGUGAAGUGCUUGGAGCCCCUCAGAGCAGUGAGGCUUGCCCUUGGAAAGAUGCUUCUAGAACUGUGCAGGUUUCAAGGGACCAUUUUUACUGAGCGCCUCAUCUGCCUCUGAUAUAGAGUCUCAGCCUGAGAGGAGUCAGCCUCCUGCCUCACCUUUUCCGUGCCCUCCAGCCUUCCCCAAGUUCUGUGAUGCCAGAGAUGCCUACCAGGCGGCGUUCCACUUUCCUUCCUUCCUUCUCCUCUCCCCUGAGCCUGUAGCACUAUACUUGUGCCCUUCCUCAUGAAGGGCGUUUUGGUCUAGAAGGCCUGUGCUUUUUCUAUGAUGGAGCCAGGGCCCAUGUUGGCCAUGUUGGAGGGCCUCAAGAAGCUAGAAGCUUGGGGCUAGCCCCAGCUCUCCCAGUGUAUUCUCAAGCAGGUGCCCAAGUGUGACCUGCAAAAGGCUUCUCUUCCUUCCCCUGACCAGAGCCAGAGGGAGUGUGCCAAGGAAGGCCAACACCUCAGGCAUCUGCCCGGCAGCCUGAGGCUGGGUAGCCCUGAGGAAGCUAAGCCUGGGACUGGCCCGAGGGCAGUGUGCUUCCCUCAGGACUGAGGAAUGGCUGUAGGGAGAACCUGAGGCUGCUCCUUAGGGUCUGUAACCUAGGCUCCCCUUAUGGGAGCUCUCCCCGGCGGGGCUGUGCCGAGGGCCAGGGACAGCGUUUGCAGCUUCCAGUGGAGAAAGGACUGCAGUACACACAACGGGCAGAGCGCCUCGUGGUGCAUACUUGGCUUUGAUGAAUGCCCUGUACAUAGCUUUUCAAACUGUCUUUGUAUGAAUGUUGAUUUGAUAUGAUGUUAACACUUCAGUAGCCACAUUUUUGUUGUUUCGGGACGUGUGUGUGUGCGUGUGUAUAUGUGUAUACAUGUGUGCACGUUGCCUUUUCUCAUUGCUUACCUGAAACAAUAGCCGGUGUUCGGCUAUAUUUAUAGCAGGAGGGAUCCGGUCUGAAGGGAGGAAUGUGCCCUCCCUCCCGGGGCUGGGCAGCCUCAUGACAGGGCCUUGAGAGGAAAGCCGAGGUUAGCUGUUGGAACCCCCAAAGUCACUGCCUUCUGUCCCCCCUCAAAAGGCUUUGGAAGAAGAUGAAGCAGCACUGCCCUGGGGGAUCCCACAUGCCCCUCGUGGCACAAGGCUCCAUCCUCUUUGCUCCUGUUCUGUAGCUGAGGGCACUCUGACCACUCCUAGGACCCCUCUCUCUCUUCCCUCCCUCCUUCUUUCCUUCCUUCUCCCUCCCUCCGUUUCUUUUCCUUCCUACUUUUCUUUCGCAGAAAAAUGUGCGACUAUUGACUUUGGAAAUGGUGGGCUAGUCACUUAGAUAUUUUUUCAUUCAAGAAGAAGAAAAGGCUUGAAAAAUUCAUUGAAAUAGAACCGUCACUUGUUUGCAACCAAAAACUUUUUAAGACUUUUUAAAAACAACAAUCACAGUCCUGCCCCUUCCCCACUGCCCAUCGCCUCGGGUUUUCCAAAUGAAAGCACAAGAGUAAGAGCGGGGUGCUAGGUGCCUGGCAUGUGCACCCCGACACAGCUGCCUCGCGCCCUGGCUGAGGCUGAGGAGUCGCACCCAGGAGGCCGAGGCCUCCACUUCUACUUGCCAAUCCACUGCCAUUAGUGUGAAUUCCUUAGGGUGCUUAGAAAACGGGGCUCUGCCUGAUGUGCUGGACAGUGUGUUUUUGAUACCCAAGUAUGAGGAAUUUGGGACAGGAAAGUGUCUUUUUUGUUAAGUCGUUGGAGCCAGUUGCUUCCCCUCUUCCGGUGAGUGAAGACUCCCAGUCCCCAGGCAGAGUUGGUCUUUUGUCACCCAGAUGGCAUCCCAGGAGAAGAAAAACGUCAACACUGCCUCUAGCUUUGCUUUGUGAGUGAGAGCAAGAUGAGGGAGAAAAGAUCUGUCUUUCUGGGACAAGGGUGAGCCACUGGGCUAGGUGCACCUUGCUGAGGCGGAAGACUCCGUUUCGGGAUUUCGCCGAUCCAGAAACAAGCACAUCCUCCCCACUGUCGUCUGCUAAUACUAAUCAGUAUAAUUAGCUAAUUAAAAAAUGCUGUAAUCAGACUGCUUGGAACGACAGUAAAAGCCCAUUAAUCCGAAACCCAGUAAUUCAAAACUUAGAGGGGAAAAAAAUCAUAAUUUCAAAUACUUCACAGUAGCUGUGAUCCUUAUGACAUAAAAAUAUGGAAAGAUUCGCCGCUUGGAUCCAUUUCAGGGUCUUCUGUGUAAGAGGAAUCCAGUUUAAAACAAGUACUUUUUUCAAAGGAAAGGCUCAAGGUAUUAAGAGUCCGUUCGCCACGCCUUUUGCUUUGGGGUUCAGCAAUUUGAAUCCGUAAGGCCCCUGGGAAGGGUGAUUCCUUCUUCGCCCUCCAUCAUGGGGAUGUUGGAUAGCGCAGCCUUUUCCUCCGCUCCUGUAUUCAUCCUAUGAAUAAUAUCGUUUGUGAACUUGAGUGCAAUCUAAACACAAGCACGUGUCUUUCUAAGUAUUCUGUAAAGCAAAUGUUGCACUAGCAGACUGGCUGCUCUCAUCAUUCAUCCUUGAAUAUUCAAAGGCCAGGAGUUUUUCCUUUCAUGGGCUGUGGGCAGUGAGUCUCUCUCACCGUCUCUAGCAAGAAUUUCUGAGACAAAGAUAUCGGAACACCACACACCCUGCGGCUCAAGGCCGCCACAGUUUUUCCACUGUACUGGUGUCCGAGCGGGCUGAACAUUCACACAGAUACCCAAGGUGGGGACCCAUCCCCAGCUGUGCUUCUGCUCCCAAUCAAUCUCCUCCGCUCGCAGAUGCCACUUUCCCAGGCCUGAACACAUCUGCUAGCUCACUCUACGAUUGUGAGUUUGUGACAGUGGCAACUCUGAUACGUGCAGCUGAGCUGACGGACAUGAUUACCAUGAAAUUGAUUGCUUUUGGUACCACGUUCAACUGUGCUCAUCUUCAUGUGUUGACCCACGUCAACUGGAAAAUCUGUCCUUUCAGUAAUCUGUCAGGAUUUCACUGGAGCCUGGGACCAGCUGGCGAACUUGCUUCUAAUCUCUCGCUCUCUGCUCUGUUUACAAUUGUUGAGUUUAGCUGUUAACUUUUGUCUCUUUCUGUACCAGAAGAUAAUAAUAAUAAAGAGCAAAUGGCAUC